AUGGGGGCCACAGAGCUCGACUCCGGCUUGGUGCAAGGUGCUGCUCACUCGCGGCUGCUGUGUGCAGCCUUUGCUUCAGCCACAGGUUCCGUGGUUGCUACAGCCGGGCGACGAGCAGAGUCAGAGUUCGCGGCCCCCGGGCUGCCGAGCACGGCAGGAGCGUUAAAGGCCUGGCCACAUGUCGCUGCUGGGAUUUGUGUGUGGGACACCAUUGCACCGAGCGCAUCCUCUCUGGUUGCACACGACGGAGCAGAUGCAUCGAGUGCUUCCAUGCCCGCGGAGUACUCUGCUCUUGCCUGGGCUGCAUCGCAACAGCGUAUCUUCUGUGGGACGAAGGCUGGGGAGCUCCGCGUCUUUGAUCUUCGCAUGCGGCGCAUUUCGCAUCGUUUCGAGGCUCACGGUGAUCCCGUGCAGCAUUGCUUCGUUCUCCAGAUGACGGGGCAGCUGGCAUCUCUGAGCUCAGCUGCUGAGCUCAAGCUCUGGAGCUUGAAAAAUCUUGAGCUCUUGGACACCAUUCCACUACACGGUUCUGGUCGAGGAGUCUCCGCAUCGGUCCUCGGGGCCAAAGUGCUGAGCUGCGCCACGCUCCUCUCGGAGCGGCACCUGGUCACUGCCGGCCAGGAUGGCACCGUGGUCUUGACUCGCCUCUGA